AUGCUCUCCACCGCCGACCCGCGCGAGCUUUUCAUGCAACGAAGCGAGCUUGGUAGCCAACAGCAGCAGCAGGGAAGACAACAGCAACAGCAGCAGCAACAGCAGCAGCAACAGCAGCAGCAACAGCAGCAGCAACAGCAGCAACAGCAACAGCAGCAGCAGCAAGACCACAUGUUAGCUAUGAGUGCGGGAGCAGCAACAUUACGGGGGCAUGAAUAUGUUACGAGGCAGCUGCUACAGCCGCAGGCGCCGCUGCAGCAGCAACACCUGCUGCAGCAGCAGCAGCAGCAGCAACUCGAUGAAACCCAGCUAAAGGAGAGACAGAAGCAGCAGCAGCGUAGACAGAAGCUGCAGCAGCAGCAGCAGCAGCAGCGUGCGCUUACUGAGCUGCGGCGCCGCAUCGUCGCAGGCAAGCGUCACCGCUGGCUGCUGCCACAGGAACCACCACCCAGCAGCAGCAGCAGCAGCAGCAGCAGCAGCAGCAGCAGCAGCAGCAAGCCUGCGCAGCUGCUGAAGCUGUGUGACUGGGGUGAGGCUGCCUUUUACUAUUGGGUUAAUGCACAGGGGGGGGCCCCCCCGGGGGCCCCCCCCCUGGAUUUCCCUCCCCGCACGCCGAUAGCUUCGCUGCUGAGGAGCAGCAAAGCUUCUGUUGCAGCAGCAGCAGCAGCAAGAGAAGCAGCAGCAGCAGCAGCUGCUGCUGCUGCAGAGGGCCGCGCCCCCCCACCCGGGGCCCCUCCAACUUGUGAGUUCCCCUCCGCGCUGGUGUAUCGUGCGCUGCAGCAAACAGCAGCAGCAACAGCAGCAACAGCAGCAGCAGCAGCAGCAGAAGCGGAAACGUCUGCAGACGCAGCAGCAGCAUGCAGCAGAAGCAGCAGCAGCAGCAGCAGCAGCAGGAAUGUUGCGCGUGAGUUGCUGCAGUUCCUGCCGCGCUGCUACCGGGUGUACUGGGAGCACGAGUGGGAGCCCCUGGACAUGGACCCAAGCAGCAGCAGCAGCAGCAGCAGCAGCAGCAGCGGCAGCAGCAGCAGCAGCAGCAGCAAGGCUGAGGAUAUUGACACAACGAGCAGCAGCGUUUGCAGCAGCAGCAGCAGCAGCAGCAGCAGUAGCAGCAGUAGCAGCAGCGGCAGCAGUUCUCUGCCGUGUGCGUCAUCUGCUUCCUGUCCUUCUCCCACCGCAACAACUACCACCAGCAGCAGCAGCAGCAGCAGCAGCAGCAGCAGCAGCAGCAGCAGCAGCAGUUUGUUUCGCUGUGCUGUUCAGCUGCUAGACCUCGUUUGGGACUCAUGGCUUUGCGGUCUGCGGAGUCGCGGCGCCCUGUGGGACGAGACCGAGGCAAGCAGCAGCAGCAGCAGCAGCAGCAGCAGCAGCAGCAGCAGCAGCAGCUCCUGCAGCAGCAGCAGCAGCAGCAGCAACUCCUGCAGCAGCAGUAGCUCCUGCAGCAACAGUAGCUCCUGCUGCAGCAGCAGCACAGCAGCAGCAGCAGCAGCAACAGCAGCAGCUCCUGCAGCAGCAGCAGCAGAUCCUGCAGCAGCAGUAGCUCCUGCAGCAGCAGCAGCAGCAGCAGCAGCUCCUGCAGCAGUAGCAGCUCCUGCUGCAGUAUCAGCAGCACCUGCUGCAGCAGCAGCAGCACCUCCAUCAACAGAACCAGCAGCUGUAUCAUCAUCUUUUGCUGCUUCUGUUGCUGCUGCUGCAGUACCAGCUGCUGCUGCUGCUCCUGCUGCAGCUUCGAGCAGCAGCGGAGAAGCCAGCGCAGCAGAACACGAGACCUCAGCAGCACCAGCACCUGCAGCAGCAGCAGCACCGCCACCACCACCAGCAGCAGCAGCACCAGCAGCAGCAGCACCAGCAGCAGCACCAGCACCAGCACCAGCAGCAGCAGCAGCAGCAGCAGCAGCAGCAGCCGAGACGAGAGCUAUAUUCCCGCCGCCUAGAUCCCUAACCCUUGCUCCUGCUGCAGCGCAUGCACUGAAGACAGACAAAGCCUUUCGGUGUUUAUUUUCUGAUUUCUUUGGGGUCAACGGCAGCAGCAGGUUGACGCUGCGGCUGCUGCAGCGGUGCAUGCAGCUGCUGCUGCCUAUUGUCUCUUUCUUUGAGUCGCAGUCUCUUCUGGCUUUUCAUGGCUCCUCGCUGCUGCUCGUAUACGAUGCUGACCCUCCCCCUCCUGCAGCCAAGUGCAGCCGCUGCAGCAGCAGCAGCAGCAGCAGCUGCAGCAGCAGCAGCAGCAGCAGCAGCAGCAGAAGUAGCAAGACACGCGAGAACAGCGGAGGCUCCCGCUGCAGCAGCAAUGUCAACCGAAGCCCCAACAGCAGCAGCAUGAUGAGGAGCAGCAGCAGCACAAGCGCAACAAGCACCAGCACCAGCACCAGCAGCAGCAGCAGCAGCAGCAGCAGCAGGGGAGGGGAGUGGUGUUGCGAGGAGAGUGCUGAGGAUGCAGUGGUUUAUUCUUUGUCUCUUUAUAUGGUUGAUUUUGCUCACGUAUCUCUGCUGUCUGUACACCCCAGAGACGAAGGCUACUUGUUUGGGCUCACCAACCUGCAGCGGCUGCUGCAGGCGCUCAUUCAGCAGCUGCAGCAGCAAACGCAAUAA